GAGCGCAGGCUGUGAGCGAGCUGAGCAUCAGGUGAGUCUGUCUGUGCAGCGGUGAGACGGCUGAGGACAUGAUGUUUGACCGGAGGAUCGUUCUGCUGCCGCUGCUGCUGCUGCUGCUGGGUGGAGCUCAGGCUCAGAGCGGAGACGGAGACACUGACGAGGAGACCAGAAUCAGCUGCACUUCACAUAUCGCAACAGAAGGAAACAGUCUGACCUGCGAGCUGCUGGCAGGCAGGAACAGCGAGGAUGAUGAAGAUGAAGAUGAGGGCGACAGUAUAGAGGAGAUGACUCUGUGGUACGACGCUGUCAUAACAUCAGAUAACAUCAAACAUCAUGAUCCUACGUCUCAGAGAAACCUCUGUUCUCCUGUUCACAGUUACACUGACUGGAGUUCAGACAGCGUGGAGACGAAGUGUGUGAAGGAUUCUGGGAACACGGUCCGUUUCAGAGAGACGCCGGUGGCUCACUUCAACCUGACUGUUCGCUUAAAGAGAGGACGCCGCAUCUCAGCCACAGUGGACCUGAAGAAAAUCGUGAAACCGAGGCCUCCUCAGGUGUGGAACGUCACUGUCAACCAGGAGGCUAACCAGGUGGUGAUCUCCAUCCGGACGCCGUACCACAAAGAUUACCUGAGAGUAGACAACCAGCUGUUCCAGCUGCACAUCUGGACCACGGGCAGCCAGAUGGUUCAGAACAUCUCCUCAGAGAACAGUAUGAAGAUUGACAUGGAACAUCUGCAGAGGAGCAGGCAGUACCACGUCAGAGUGCGAGCGAUUCCCAUCAAGUUCCUCAGAGGCAGCUGGAGCGAGUGGAGCGAAACGCUGAAUUUCUCUGUGUCUGCAGCAGACGUCGUCCCUGAGGACAGGCAGGAGGAGUGGGUCAAACUGAUCGUGUGUGUCGUCCCGUUGGUCGUGGUGACGUUCAGUGUUUUCUUCUUCUGGAAAAACGAGAUUUUCACCUACAUGUGGCCGAGCAUCCCACACCCCAAACACACGCUGGUGCAGAUCUGCAAGCCAAACAAAGGUCUUCUGUUGAACUUCAAACCCGAGGUGUUCAGCGCCCUGAAAGUCGACCCGCAGGAGAAAACAGAGGUGCAGCCGAGUGAGGAGACGGAGCCUUCACUCCGUCCCGACAGCACUCGGUCCAACGAUCCCUGCUCCACCCAGAGCUCGGACUGCAGGAGCACCACCAGCGUCAGCACUGAGGAGCUGGAGCUCUCCGGCCUGCUGAGCAGGAGCUCCUCCGACGGAGAGGACAGCCUCCAGAGCGUCAGUCCUUCCCCUGUCAACGUCCUCCAGCUCGGGGACGGACCUCACAUGCCUCAGCCCGAACCCAGCAGUGGAGGAAACAAGGCGGAGGUGUUUGGGGCGAGUCAGCAGGAGGAGGCCUACGUCACCAUGUCCAGUUUCUAUCAGAUCAAGUAGGUCAGGACCAGGAGCAGGAUCAGGAGCAGGACCAGGACAAGGACAAGGACCAGGAGCAGGACAUGUGUUUAUCAAACUUCUGAGAAUUAUACUUUAAGAUGCUCUCAGGCAGUGGUUCCCACUCUGGGGCUCAGGACCCCCACCAGGUCCAGAGAUCAGUUUGAUAAGUGCUGAUGUUGAUGAUCCUUGUUUCCUCUAACAGCAUGAAGUCGACCUUUUUUAGUGAGAUGUUUUCAUGUAUCUGAGCAUCUACAGGCAGAUGGUACAGAUGUUCAUGUUCCUCAGAGGAUAACUCACUGAUUCAUAAUCUAACAGCAUCAGCAGGUCAGGAGUUUAUUCAAUUUUAUUCCACAGCAGCUUUUCCCUCUGAACUGCUUCUGCUGAAAUAUGGAAUCUUUCACCUUUUCAUGCCCCGAAAAUCCUUCAGAUCAAACAGUCUGUCCACACUGACCAGACAGUCUGUCCACACUGUCCUCACACUGACCUGUGACCUGUGACCAUAACCUGUGACGAUGCCCACAAGUGAUUUUAAUGGAUCAAGAAAAAGGAGUUUGGGAGCCACCGACCUAUAGAGCCGAUGGACGAGGAGCCUGCAGAACUAACAGUUCACUGACGGUGAAGUGUUGAAGGAAACUUUGAGAGAAGCUGAAUGGUCACAUGAUUCAUUCCAGCUGAGUCACAUGAUUCAUUCCAGCUGAUCAGAGAUGAGGAUCUCCUCUUCACCUGAGCCACAAACGUUAGGUGACGUGUUCCUCUGCCAGGUGUUAACGACCAUGUUAAAUCUUCAGAAGCUGUUAAAGUUUGCUCUGUCACUUCUAUGAUGCUGAGAUUUUACAGUCAGUUUGAUGAAACCUUUAUUUUUACGUCUGUAGGUAAAAGUUUUAUCUUUCACUUGUAUCAGUCGGAUUUCUGCAGAUUAUUGACCCAGAUCUACUCAGAUGUAGCUUUGUCUGUAUUUUGUUGCUUGUGAUGCCAAAUGAUUAGAGAUGAUCCGCUGUAUGUUCAUAACGUCUCACACACUGUAAACUGACACCUGCUGUCAUCCAGAGACGGUCGCUGGAGGAACCUUAGAAGAACAUAUCAGUGUUUCUGCACAUUUUUCUACAAAUCACACAAAACUUGAAUGUUUGCAGUGUUCUACCAUCCAGGCAGCUCAUUGGUUAAAGAAUCCCCAGAAUCCCCUGCAGAACCACAAAAAACACAUCCACAACAACAACAACCACAAUGAUCCUGAGAGCCACAAAGGAAACUCAGAACCUCUUCAGUUACCAAUACAGACACUUAAUGGGCCCAUAGAACUUCUUCAGUGGUCACAAGAACCACUUAAUGGAUCCCUACAGCCCCCUGAUGGACCCAUACAGCCUCUUCAAUGAUCAACAGAACCACAAAAGAACCUCCUCAAUGACCAGCAGAAUGAUCUAAAGGACCCCUAACAUUUUAAGGCCCACUAAAACCUCUUCCGCCACCAGUUGAACCUCCGGAAGGAACCCGGAAACCUCUGAAAUGGUCACUAGAACCCUGUCAAUUAGAACAAAAGACCUUUAGAAUCUCCUACGUGAUCAUAAGAACCAACAGAACCCUUCAGUGAACUGGAGAACCUCCUCAGUGACUAGGACCUCCAAGAGGAUCAGAACUAGCAUCUAACCAAGGAUGUUUAAGGAUUCGCUUCAUUCUUUACUGAACCAAAUCUUAAAAACAGCGGUGAGGUCCUGUAAAUAAAGCUGCUGCCUGAACUCGUCUGCACUGAACCAAACCUCCUGCUGAAGAGUUCGGCCACGUUCGUCCUCUGAGCGGCAGCACUGACUCCCAGCUCAGGCCGGUCACACUGAGUGUGUGUGUGUGUGUGUGUUGCUGCAGCGACGUGACCGGACUGUUUGUGUUUGUGGUCUGAGUCAUGGAGAC